ACUGCGCUGGAUUGGAGUCCUGUGGUGUGUUGUGCUGUGUUUCGUUACGGAGGUUUAGGUGCCGGCGGGGUUUAUAGGGGAAAGGAGGGGUUUGGAGUGGAAUCUGCCCUGUGGGUUCUUCUCCACUUGGAAGGAUUUUGAGCAUGCAUUGAAGUGGGCGUGGCCAACUUGGUUUGCCUGCGCCACUUCGUAUGCGGUGUGGUGGAUCGUUGCGCUUGCAGAGGGGGAGACGGAGAAGGAAGAGACGGAAGAGGACUGCGCUUCACUCUGGCAAGUUACACGGAGCAGAAGAGAGAGUAAUUGCGCUUUUGGGCUCAUUCGUCGUUCAGAGAUCGCGAACCGUGGAGUUUGUAGCUGGGUGCAGGUAGAUUUUAGGCCUUUCUUUCGAGGAUCGAAGUGAAAUGGAAGGGGUUUGUCGGCAUCGGGUUGUGGCAGCCACAAUGCCAGUGCUGGAGAUCGCAUCGACGUCCACGGGAGCUCGUUCACAUGCUUCCCGGGGGGUGAGGAUGGCGCCCUUGCAGUCAGCUUUCUUGGGAAGUGCUGUGCCUCUUCGUCACCGCUCAAAAAUCUGCACAUUCUCGAGGCGCGCCAGCCGGGCUUCCUCUAUCUGCUCUGCUUCGGGAGGAAGCUCCAGCAGCUCUUGCAGAAUGCCUGAGCCUGUGCCAGAGGUGUUCUUCUACAGUGGCAGUGCUGUAGGUCAAAACCCAGCGGGUGGCAAGCGUAUUAAUUGGAAGAUUGCGAGUGUUGCCGGAGAGGUAAAGGAGAUGGCCGCUUCGUUUGAGGAUGCGCCGUUUGCCUCGUGGAGCAAUCUUGGGCACAAUGAGGGCAAGCGAAAGGACCUUAGGAAAAUCCUCGUCUUGGGAGCAGGUCCCAUUGUUAUCGGCCAAGCCUGUGAGUUUGACUACUCAGGAACUCAAGCAUGCAAAGCUUUGAAGGAAGAAGGGUACGAAGUAAUUCUUAUCAAUUCUAAUCCUGCAACAAUUAUGACUGACCCCGAAACUGCUGAUCGCACAUACAUCACCCCCAUGACCCCUGAACUGGUCGAGAAGGUUCUGGAAAAGGAGAGACCUGAUGCGAUUUUGCCUACAAUGGGAGGACAAACCGCUCUUAAUCUUGCCUGUGCCUUGGCAGAAAGUGGGGUGCUUGACAAGUACAACGUAGAACUGAUAGGUGCUAAAUUGGAUGCUAUUCAAAAGGCCGAAGACAGAGACUUGUUUAAGCAAGCUAUGGCUAAGAUCGGAGUUAAAACCCCACCCUCUGGAAUCGCUCAUACUUUAGACGAGUGCUUCGUAAUCGCUGAACGGAUCGGUGAGUUUCCGUUGAUUAUCCGGCCUGCAUUUACCCUUGGAGGCACUGGUGGUGGUAUUGCCUAUAACAAAGAAGAGUUUGAGGCGAUUUGCAAAGCUGGUCUUAAUGCAAGUAUAAAUUCGCAGGUUUUGGUUGAAAAGUCUCUCCUCGGCUGGAAAGAGUACGAGUUGGAGGUGAUGCGAGAUUUGGCCGACAACGUAGUGAUCAUCUGUUCAAUUGAGAAUAUCGACUCCAUGGGUGUACACACUGGAGAUUCCAUUACCGUGGCACCUGCUCAAACGUUGACAGACAAAGAAUAUCAACGCUUGAGGGAUCAAUCGGUUGCAAUCAUUCGGGAAAUCGGUGUAGAAUGCGGAGGUUCAAACGUGCAAUUUGCAGUGAAUCCUAAGGAUGGCGAGGUCAUGGUCAUUGAGAUGAAUCCUCGAGUGUCUCGUUCUUCAGCCCUUGCAUCCAAAGCGACUGGUUUUCCAAUUGCUAAAAUGGCAGCAAAACUUUCAGUCGGAUACACAUUGGAUCAAAUUCCAAAUGAUAUCACCAAGAAAACUCCAGCUAGUUUUGAGCCCUCCAUUGACUACGUUGUUACUAAGAUUCCGCGAUUUGCAUUCGAGAAAUUCCCUGGUUCCCAGCCAAUUUUGACUACGCAAAUGAAGUCUGUGGGUGAAGCCAUGGCCAUGGGACGGACGUUUCAGGAGUCCUUCCAGAAGGCUUUGAGGUCUUUGGAGACCGGGCACAGUGGCUGGGGCUGUGAGAAGGUGAAGGAGCUUGAAUGGGACUGGGAUAAAAUCAAAUAUAAUUUGCGUGUACCUAACCCUGAACGUAUGUAUUCCCUUUAUGCUGCCAUGAAGCGUGGGAUGUCUCUAGAUGAGAUCCAGGAUCUGACUUUCAUCGACCCAUGGUUCCUCUCCCAGCUGAGAGAAUUGUUGCAAGCAGAAAAGUUUUUGGAAAGUGUCAAGUUGAGUGAUCUCUCCAAAGACGACCUCUAUGAGGUCAAGAGGCGAGGCUUUAGUGACAAACAGAUUGCUUAUGUCACAAAGACUACAGAAUUAGAAGUACGUGCUCAUCGACUUGAACAAGGUGUGAAACCUGCUUAUAAGCGUGUGGACACCUGUGCUGCGGAAUUUGAGGCUAAUACCCCUUACUUGUAUUCUUCUUACGACGCGGAGUGCGAGUCAGCUCCUACCACUCGGAAGAAGGUGCUCAUUCUUGGAGGUGGACCUAACAGAAUUGGCCAGGGAAUUGAGUUCGAUUACUGUUGCUGCCAUGCAGCUUUCUCUCUCGCGGAAACCGGAUUUGAAACCAUUAUGAUGAACUCGAACCCAGAGACCGUAUCUACCGAUUACGAUACUUCUGAUCGGCUUUACUUCGAGCCUCUGACAGCUGAGGAUGUGUGCAACGUGAUUGACUUAGAAAGGCCUGAUGGUAUUAUCGUUCAGUUCGGUGGUCAGACACCACUGAAGUUGGCUGUUCCCAUUCAAACAUACCUGGAGAAGUUUCAACCUGAUGCUGCUAGUGGGGAGGGCAAGGUAAAGAUCUGGGGGACGACUCCGGAUUCGAUUGAUGCAGCGGAGGAUAGGAAAAGGUUCGAUGCUAUCCUUAAUGAUCUUGGAAUAAAAUCACCUUCAGGUGGAAUUGCAAAGAGUGAGGAUGACGCUUUAGCAAUUGCAAAGAGAGUGGGCUACCCUGUUGUAGUCAGGCCUUCGUACGUGCUUGGAGGAAGAGCAAUGGAAAUCGUCUACAACGACGAUAAGUUGAAGACUUAUCUAGAGACGGCUGUGGAGGUUGAUCCCGAGAGGCCCGUUCUUGUGGACAAGUACUUAAUAGAUGCCACUGAAAUUGAUGUAGAUUCCCUGACGGAUGCCGAAGGGAAUGUUGUGAUUGGAGGGAUCAUGGAGCACAUUGAACAGGCUGGUGUGCAUUCUGGUGAUUCAGCAUGUACGCUUCCUUCCCAAAAUAUUGGGGCCGAGGCAUUGGGGAAGAUUCGCGACUACACAACCAAACUUGCCCGUCGACUUGGCGUUGUUGGUUUGAUGAAUUGCCAAUACGCCAUAACGUCGGAGUGUGAGGUUUACAUUAUUGAGGCUAAUCCCCGUGCGUCUCGAACAGUCCCAUUUGUUUCGAAGGCAAUUGGGCAUCCUUUGGCCAAGUAUGCUGCUUUGGUGAUGUCUGGCAAGACAUUAGCUGAUCUGAAUUUUACAGAGGAGGUCAUUCCCCGUCACGUGUCCGUGAAAGAAGCAGUUUUACCCUUCGACAAGUUUCAAGGAUGUGAUGUUCUGUUGGGUCCCGAGAUGCGAAGCACAGGUGAAGUCAUGGGAAUUGACUUAAAUUUUGACAAGGCUUUUGCCAAAGCUCAAAUUGCUGCUAAUCAGAGUCUACCUCUGACUGGGACUGUUUUUAUUAGCAUGAACGAUAUGAUGAAAGAUAAGGUUGUGCCCAUAGCGAAAGGUUUUCAGGACCUUGGUUUCAGAAUCGUAAGUACAACUGGCACCGCGAGUUACCUACAAAAGGUUGGCGUGGAAGUGGAGACUGUGUUGAAGCUUCAUGAAGGACGACCACAUGCAGCUGACUUGCUAGCCAACGGAGACAUCCAACUCAUGAUCAUAACCAGCUCAGGUGACGCCCUUGAUCAAAUCGAUGGCAGGCAAUUGCGGCGAUUGGCCUUGGCUUACAAGGUACCUAUCAUCACCACCAUUGCAGGAGCCCUAGCUUCUCUUCAGGCCGUUUCCGGUUUGAAAGACAGUCCCGUGGAGAUGAUUGCUUUACAGGAUUUCUUCGUCGAAGAACAAGUUAGAGUUCCUGCUGGAGCCAAUUGAGCAUUUCACACUAUAGUCCAAGAUUUUUUAAAAACUAUUCGAGUGCUUGAUCGUUUAUAUGUAUGGAAAUGCUAGUUUGAAGACACCUCAUCGAACAUAGCAGUCCACACUUCGAAUAUAGUUGUAAGUUUUGUUACUUAUCAGCUGAGGUGUAUACUGUAAUAGUCUGGUAUUUCCCACAUAUAUCAAUGAGGGAUUUUUAUUUGCUAGGAUGAUGGAUCCAACUGAUUUCUACACUACAUAGUUUUCUUGUCCGUGGACAACCUGAAUUUUUUCUGUUCAUGUAUUUGCAGUCAACUUAAUGAUGUCAUCUGUGUCCAAUUAAGAUACA